GAGAUCCCUGUUUUUUAUGGAACACAGUUCUGUAAAAUUUCCCUAAGCUUCCUUGGCAAUAACAGACACUUGUGAUGGACCCUAGAAAUACUGCUAUGUUAGGAUUGGGUUCUGACUCUGAAGGAUUUUCAAGAAAGAGUCCCUCUGCCAUCGGUACUGGCACAGUGGCCAGCAAGAGAGAAGGAGAGCUAGAGAACAGCACAAAAGAGGAAGAGGACCUUCGCAAGUGGAAUCGGGAAAGAAACAGCGAAGCAGGGAAGGAGGAUGGUUUGACUGAUGCACAGCAACAGUUUUCAGUGAAAGAAACAAACUUUUCAGAGGGAAACUUAAAAUUGAAAAUUGGCCUUCAGGCUAAGAGAACUAAAAAACCUCCAAAGAACUUGGAGAACUAUGUAUGUCGACCUGCCAUAAAAACAACUAUCAAGCACCCAAGGAAAGCACUUAAAAGUGGGAAGAUGACAGAUGAGAAGAAUGAGCACUGUCCUUCAAAACGGGACCCUUCAAAGUUGUACAAGAAAACAGGUGAUGUUGCAGCCAUUGAAUGCCAAUCUGAAGAGAGCAUCCAUCUUCAUUCACAGGGAGAAAACAGUCCUUUGUCUAAGAAGCUUUCUCCAGUGCACUCAGAAAUGACAGAUUACAUUAAUGCGGCAUCAUCUACUCUUGUUGGUAGCCGGGAUCCUGAUUUAAAGGACAGAGCGUUACUUAAUGGAGGAACGAGUGUAACAGAAAAGUUGGCACAGCUCAUUGCAACUUGUCCUCCCUCUAAGUCUUCCAAGACUAAACCGAAGAAGUUAGGAACUGGCACUACUGCAGGGCUGGUUAGCAAGGAUUUGAUCAGGAAAGCAGGUGUUGGCUCUGUAGCUGGAAUAAUACAUAAAGACUUAAUAAAAAAACCAGCUAUCAGCACAGCAGUUGGAUUGGUAACUAAAGAUCCUGGGAAAAAGCCAGUGUUUAAUGCAACAGUAGGAUUGGUCAAUAAGGACUCUGUGAAAAAACUAGGAGCUGGCACGACAGCGGUAUUCAUUAAUAAAGACUUAGGCAGAAAGCCAGGGACUGUCACUACAGUAGGACUGCUGAGCAAGGAUUCAGGAAAGAAGCUAGGAAUUGGUAUUGUUCCAGGUUUAGUGAAUAAGGAAUCUGGAAAGAAGUUAGGACUCGGCACUGUGGUCGGACUGGUUAAUAAAGACUUGGGCAAGAAGUUGAGUUCUACUGUUGGCCUCGUGGCCAAGGACUGUGCAAAGAAGAUUGUAGCCAAUUCAACAAUGGGAUUAGUUACUAAGGACAUGGGAAAGAAACUAGUGAGUUGUUCUAUGGCAGGACUGGUCAGUAAAGACGCCAUAAACCUUAAAGCCGAAGCACUGCUCCCCACUCAGGAACCACUUAAGGCUUCUUGUAGUACAAGCAUCAGUAGUCAUGAAAGUCAGGAACUUCCUGAAUCCCUGAAAGAUAGUACCACCAGCAAAACUUUUGAGAAGAAUGUUAUACGGCAGAGUAAAGAGAGCAUAUUGGAAAAGUUCUCAGUUCGAAAAGAAAUCAUUAAUUUGGAGAAAGAAAUGUUUAAUGAAGGAACAUGCAUUCAGCAAGACAGUUUCUCAUCCAGUGACAGGGGGCCUUAUGAAACCUCAAAGCAUGAAAAGCAACCUCCCGUAUAUUGCACUUCUCCGGACUUUCAAAUGGGAGCUGCUUCUGAUGCAUCUACAGCAAAAUCCCCUUUUAGUGCAGUAGGAGAAAGCAAUCUCCCUUCCCCAUCACCUACUGUAUCUGUUAAUCCUUUAACCAGAAGUCCCCCUGAAACUUCUUCACAAUUGGCCCCUAAUCCGUUACUUUUAAGUCCUACCACAGAAUUAAUGGAAGAAAUUUCUGAAUCUGUUGGCAAGAACCAGUUUCCUUCUGAAAGUACCCACUUGAACAUUGGUCAUAGGUCUGUGGGUCACAGCAUGAAUAUUGAAUGUAAAGGGAUCGAUAAAGAGCUAACUGAUUCAAAAACUACACAUAUAGAUAUUCCAAGAAUAAGCUCUUCCCUGGGAAAAAAGCCAAGUUUGACUUCUGAAUCCAGUAUUCACGCAAUUACCCCUUCAGUUGUUAACUUCACUAGUUUAUUUAGUAACAAGCCCUUUCUAAAACUUGGUGCAGUAACUGCAUCUGACAAACACUGCCAGGUUGCUGAAAGUCUCAGCUCUAGUUUGCAGUCCAAACCAUUAAAAAAAAGGAAAGGAAGAAAACCUCGGUGGACUAAAGUGGUGGCACGAAGCACAUGCCGGUCUCCAAAAGGGCUAGAACUAGAAAGAUCAGAGCUUUUUAAAAAUGUUUCAUGUAGCUCACUAUCAAAUAGUAAUUCCGAGCCAGCCAAGUUUAUGAAAAACAUUGGACCAUCUUCAUUUGUAGAUCAUGACUUCCUUAAACGUCGAUUGCCAAAGUUGAGCAAGUCCACAACUCCAUCUCUUGCUCUCUUAACUGAUAGUGAAAAAACGUCUCACAAGGCUUUUGCUCCUCACAAACUAUCCUCCAGUAUGUGUGUCUCUAGUGACCUUUUGUCUGAUAUUUAUAAGCCCAAAAGAGGAAGACCUAAAGCUAAGGAGAUGCCUCAACUGGAAGGUCCACCUAAAAGGACUUUAAAAAUACCUGCCUCUAAAGUUUUUUCUUUGCAGUCUAAGGAAGAACAAGAACCCCCAAUUUUACAGCCAGAAAUUGAAAUUCCUUCCUUCAAACAAAGUCUUUCUGUGUCUCCCUUUCCGAAAAAACGAGGCAGACCUAAGAGGCAGAUGAGGUCACCGGUCAAGAUGAAGCCACCUGUACUCUCAGUGGCUCCGUUUGUUGCCACUGAGAGUCCAAGCAAGCUGGAGUCUGAAAGUGACAACCAUCGAAGCAGCAGUGAUUUCUUUGAGAGUGAGGAUCAGCUUCAGGACCCAGAUGAUCUGGACGACAGUCAUAGGCCAACUGUCUGCAGCAUGAGUGACCUUGAGAUGGAACCAGAUAAAAAAAUUUCUAAGAGAAACAAUGGACAAUUAAUGAAAACAAUUAUCCGCAAAAUAAAUAAAAUGAAGACUUUAAAGAGGAAGAAACUGUUGAAUCAGAUUCUUUCAAGCUCUGUAGAAUCAAGUAAUAAAGGGAAAGUGCAAUCCAAACUCCAUAAUACAGUGUCAAGUCUUGCUGCCACGUUUGGCUCUAAAUUGGGCCAACAGAUAAAUGUCAGCAAGAAAGGAACCAUUUACAUAGGAAAGAGAAGGGGUCGAAAACCAAAAACUGUCUUAAAUGGCAUUCUUUCUGGUAGCCCUACCAGCCUUGCUGUCCUUGAGCAAACCGCUCAGCAGGCAGCUGGUUCAGCAUUAGGACAGAUACUUCCCCCUUUACUGCCUUCCUCUGCUAGUAGUUCUGAGAUUCUUCCAUCACCUAUUUGCUCUCAGUCUUCUGGGACGAGUGGAGGUCAGAGCCCUGUAAGUAGUGAUGCAGGCUUUGUUGAACCCAGUUCAGUGCCAUAUUUGCAUUUACACUCCAGACAGGGCAGCAUGAUUCAGACUCUUGCAAUGAAGAAGGCCUCAAAGGGGAGGAGGCGACUCUCUCCUCCUACUUUGUUGCCAAAUUCUCCUUCACACUUGAGUGAACUCACCUCUCUGAAAGAAGCUACUCCUUCUCCCAUUAGUGAAUCUCAUAGUGAUGAGACCAUUCCCAGUGAUAGUGGAAUUGGAACAGAUAAUAACAGCACAUCAGACAGAGCAGAGAAAUUUUGUGGACAGAAAAAGAGGAGGCAUUCUUUUGAACAUGUUUCUCUGAUACCUCCUGAAACCUCUACAGUCCUGAGCAGUCUUAAAGAAAAACAUAAACAUAAAUGUAAGCGCAGGAAUCACGAUUACCUCAGCUAUGACAAGAUGAAAAGGCAGAAACGAAAACGGAAAAAGAAAUACCCUCAGCUCCGAAGCAGACAAGAUCCGGACUUUAUUGCAGAUCUGGAGGAAUUGAUAAGUCGUCUGAGUGAAAUUCGAAUCACCCAUCGAAGUCAUCAUUUUAUCCCCCGAGACUUGCUGCCAACUAUUUUUCGAAUCAACUUUAAUAGUUUCUAUACGCAUCCUUCUUUCCCCUUAGACCCUUUGCACUACAUUCGAAAACCUGACUUAAAGAAGAAGAGAGGGAGACCUCCUAAGAUGAGGGAGGCAAUGGCUGAGAUGCCCUUCAUGCAUAGCCUUAGUUUUCCUCUUUCUAGUACUGGAUUCUAUCCCUCCUAUGGCAUGCCUUAUUCUCCCUCACCCCUUACAGCCACUCCCCUAGGAUUAGGUUACUAUGGAAGGUACCCUCCCACUCUCUAUCCUCCUCCUCCUUCUCCUUCUUUCACCCCCCCACUUCCACCUCCUUCCUAUAUGCAUGCUGGUCAUUUACUUCUCAAUCCCACCAAAUACCAUAAGAAAAAGCAUAAGCUACUUCGACAGGAGGCCUUUCUCACAACCAGCAGGACUCCCCUCCUUUCCAUGAGUACCUACCCUAGUGUCCCUCCUGAGAUGGCCUAUGGUUGGAUGGUCGAGCACAAACAUAGGCACCGUCACAAGCACAGAGAACACCGUUCUUCUGAGCAACCCCAGGUUUCCAUGGACACUGGCUCUUCCAGAUCUGUUUUGGAGUCUUUGAAGCGCUAUCGAUUUGGAAAGGAAACUGUUGGAGAGCGAUAUAAACAUAAGGAAAAGCACCGAUGUCAUAUGUCCUGCCCUCAUCUCUCUCCUUCCAAAAGCUUAAUAAAUAGAGAAGAACAGUGGGUCCACCGAGAGCCUUCAGAAUCUAGUCCACUGGCUUUGGGAUUGCAAACACCUUUACAGAUUGACUGUUCGGAGAGUUCUCCAGGUUCAUCCCUUGGAGGGUUCACUCCCACCUCUGAUCCAGCUAGCAGUGACGAGCACACAAACCUUUUCACAAGUGCAAAAGUGCAAGGCAGCUGCAGAGUUUCAAACCCUAACUCCAGUGGCCGGAAGAAACUAACUGACAGUCCUGGACUGUUCUCUGCACAGGACACUGCACUAACUCGGCCUCACAGGAAAGAGCCACUGCCUUCCAGCGAAAGGGCGGUACAGACCAUGACAGGUUCUCAGCCAACCUCAGAAAAGUCUUCCCAGCGACCAUCAGAGAGCACAAACUGUAGCCCCACCCGGAAGAGGUCGUCAUCUGAGAGUACUUCGUCAACAGUAAAUGGAGUUCCCUCUCGAAGUCCAAGAUUGCUUGCUUCCGGGGAUGACUCUGUGGAUAGUCUGCUGCAGCGGAUGGUCCAACAUGAGGACCAAGAGCCCCUGGAGAAGAAUAUAGAUGCUGUGAUUGCAUCUGCCUCGGGGCCACCUUCCUCCAGUCCAGGCCGCAGCCACAGCAGGGAGCGAGCCCUGGGAAAACCGGACAGCCUUCUGGUGCCCUCAGCCCCCAGUGACUCUUGCAGUAGCAGCAUCUCACUCCUGUCUGAGAAGUUGCCGAGCAGCUGCUCGCCCCAUCAUAUCAAGAGAAGUGUCGUGGAAGCCAUGCAGCGCCAAGCUCGGAAAAUGUGCAAUUAUGACAAAAUCUUGGCCACUAAGAAAAACCUGGACCAUGUCAAUAAAAUAUUAAAAGCCAAAAAACUCCAGAGACAGGCCAGGACAGGGAAUAACUUUGUGAAACGCAGACCAGGGCGACCUCGGAAAUGCCCCCUCCAGGCUGUGGUGUCAAUGCAAGCAUUCCAGGCUGCCCGGUUUGUCAGCCCUGACUCGAAUGAAGGCGAAGAAAGAGCAGCCCUGCCCCUCCGUCCCGACACAGUUACGGAUGUCAUUGAGGCUGUUGUACAGAGCGUAAACCUGAGUCCAGAACAUAAGAAGGGGCUGAAGAGGAAAAGUUGGCUGUUGGAAGAACAGACCAAGAAAAAGCAGAAGCCAUUCCCAGAGGAAGAGCAAGAGCAUACUAAAAGCUUUACUGAAGCAGCAGUUGAGAUUCCCAGUCCUCCUGAAACCCCAGCCAAGCCUCCCGAACCUGAAAAUACCUUGCAGCCUGUGCUUUCUCUCAUCCCAAGGGAAAAGAAGGCCCCACGUCCCCCAAAGAAGAAGUAUCAGAAAGCAGGGCUGUAUUCUGACGUUUACAAAACUACAGACCCAAAGAGCCGAUUGAUCCAAUUAAAGAAAGAGAAGCUGGAAUACACUCCAGGAGAGCAUGAGUAUGGACUGUUCCCAGCCCCCAUUCAUGUUGGUGAUAUUUUUUUUGAUUCAGGGAAGUAUCUAAGGCAAAAGAGAAUCGACUUCCAGCUUCCCUAUGACAUCCUUUGGCAGUGGAAGCACAAUCAGCUAUACAAAAAGCCAGAUGUCCCACUAUAUAAAAAAAUCCGUUCAAAUGUCUACGUUGAUGUCAAGCCCCUUUCUGGUUACGAGGCCACCACCUGUAACUGUAAGAAGCCAGAGGAUGACACCGGGAAGGGCUGUGUGGACGACUGCCUCAACAGAAUGAUCUUUGCUGAGUGUUCCCCCAACACUUGCCCCUGUGGUGAGCAGUGCUGUAACCAGAGGAUACAGAGGCAUGAGUGGGUACAGUGUCUAGAACGAUUUCGAGCUGAGGAAAAAGGUUGGGGAAUCAGAACCAAAGAACCCCUGAAAGCUGGGCAGUUCAUCAUUGAAUACCUAGGGGAGGUUGUCAGCGAACAAGAGUUCAGGAACAGGAUGAUUGAGCAGUAUCAUAAUCACAGUGACCACUAUUGCCUGAACCUGGAUAGUGGGAUGGUGAUUGACAGUUACCGGAUGGGGAAUGAGGCCCGAUUCAUCAACCACAGCUGUGACCCAAACUGUGAAAUGCAGAAAUGGUCUGUCAAUGGAGUCUACCGGAUUGGACUGUAUGCUCUUAAAGACAUGCCAGCUGGUACUGAACUCACUUACGAUUACAACUUCCAUUCCUUUAAUGUGGAAAAACAGCAACUGUGUAAGUGUGGCUUUGAGAAAUGUCGAGGAAUCAUCGGGGGCAAGAGUCAGCGCGUGAAUGGACUCACCAGCAGCAAAAGCAGCCAGCCUGUGGCCACACAUAAAAAGUCUGGACGGUCAAAAGAGAAGAGAAAGUCUAAGCACAAGCUGAAGAAAAGGAGAGGCCACCUCUCCGAAGAACCCAGUGAAAACAUCAACACUCCAACAAGAUUGACCCCCCAAAUACAAAUGAAGCCGAUGUCUAAUCGAGAGAGGAACUUUGUGUUAAAGCAUCAUGUAUUCUUGGUCCGAAACUGGGAGAAGAUUCGGCAGAAACAAGAGGAAGUAAAGCACACCAGUGAUAAUCUCCACUCAGCAUCAUUAUACACCCGCUGGAAUGGCAUCUGCCGAGAUGACGGGAACAUCAAGUCUGACGUCUUCAUGACCCAGUUCUCCGCCCUGCAGACGGCGCGGUCAGUUCGAACAAGACGGCUGGCAGCAGCAGAGGAAAAUAUUGAGGUGGCACGUGCAGCCCGCCUCGCCCAAAUCUUCAAAGAGAUCUGUGAUGGCAUCAUCUCCUACAAAGAUUCUUCCCGACAAGCUCUGGCAGCACCCCUUCUGAACCUCCCCCCAAAGAAAAAGAAUGCUGAUUACUAUGAGAAGAUCUCCGAGCCCCUGGACCUGGCCACCAUAGAGAGGCAGAUCCUCACUGGCCAUUACAAGACUGUGGAGGCCUUUGAUGCUGACAUGCUCAAGGUGUUUCGGAAUGCUGAGAAGUACUAUGGGCGUAAAUCCCCAAUUGGGAGAGAUGUUUGCCGCCUACGGAAGACCUACUACAAUGCCAGGCACGAGGCAUCAGCUCAGAUUGAUGAGAUUGUGGGAGAGACAGCAAGUGAGGCCGACAGCAGCGAGACGUCAGUCUCCGAGAAGGAGAACGUGCACGAGAAGGACGACGAUGUGAUCCGCUGUGUCUGCGGCCUGCACAAGGAUGAAGGCCUCAUGAUCCAGUGCGACAAGUGCAUGGUGUGGCAGCACUGUGACUGUAUGGGCGUGAACUCAGACGUGGAGCACUACCUUUGUGAGCAGUGUGACCCAAGGCCUGUGGACAGAGAGGUACCCAUGAUUCCUCGGCCCCACUAUGCCCAGCCCGGCUGUGUCUACUUCAUCUGUUUGCUCCGAGAUGACUUACUGCUUCGUCAAGGCGACUGCGUGUACCUGAUGCGGGAUAGCCGGCGCACGCCUGACGGCCACCCAGUCCGCCAGUCCUACCGACUGUUGUCGCACAUUAACCGAGACAAACUGGACAUCUUCCGCAUUGAGAAGCUUUGGAAGAAUGAAAAAGAGGAACGGUUUGCCUUUGGUCACCACUACUUCCGCCCGCACGAGACCCACCACUCUCCGUCCCGCCGCUUCUAUCACAACGAGCUGUUUCGGGUGCCACUCUACGAGAUCAUUCCCUUGGAGGCUGUGGUGGGGACCUGCUGUGUCCUGGACCUUUAUACGUAUUGUAAAGGGAGACCCAAAGGAGUGAAGGAGCAAGAUGUGUACAUCUGUGACUAUCGGCUUGACAAGUCCGCACACUUGUUCUACAAGAUCCACCGGAACCGCUAUCCUGUCUGCACCAAACCCUACGCCUUUGACCACUUCCCCAAGAAGCUCACUCCCAAAAGAGAUUUCUCACCUCAUUAUGUCCCAGACAACUACAAGAGGAACGGAGGGCGGUCAUCCUGGAAGUCCGAGCGCCCAAAGCCACCCCUAAAAGACCUGGGCCAGGAGGAUGAUGCUCUGCCCUUGAUUGAAGAGGUUCUGGCCAGCCAGGAGCAAGCCGCCGAUGAGGUGCCCAGCCUGGAGGAACCAGAACGGGAGGGGGCCCUUGCUGAGGUCAGCGAGGGUGAAAAGAAACGAGAGGAGAUGAGUCAGGAGUCCCAGCCUGCCUGUAGCCCUGAGGAGCGGCGGCACAGCCAGCGGGAACGACUCAACCAGAUCUUACUCAGUCUCCUUGAAAAGAUCCCUGGGAAAAAUGCCAUCGACGUGACCUACUUGCUGGAGGAAGGGUCAGGCAGGAAGCUGCGAAGGCGUACUUUGUUCAUCCCAGAAAACAGCUUUCGGAAGUGACCCUCAAAGGAGAAGCUUGAGCAUCUGCGAUCAGUGGAGCUAACAGUCCUGCCUCUUGUCCUCUGAGUGUAGACAGGGGUGGGAAGGGUCCGUCCGGCAAGGGGAAGGGGCCAUGUCGUUGACAUUAGGUACUUCAUAAAUCUUGGAGCUAGUGGAGAGGAAGGGAGUCUGUCUAAACAGUUCAGUUUAAUUUGUUUUCCUCUCCACCGCUUUCCCCCGAGGGUUCAUGAUGGGAGGAGGACGGAGCACACGGCGGGGGGGGGG